AUCCUGCGUUCUUACACCAACAAAUUGAAAAUGGCUUCUAAGCUUAGAAAAUCAUGUUCAUUUCUAAAUAUUCUCCUAUCAUUUCUGAAUUUCGUUCUCUUCAUUCUUUCUGCAGCCUCUUUGGCUCCAACAAUUUUCAUCAAAAUGCCACCAACUUCAUUUGCUUGUGCAUUCUUGAUGGUUUCUUGCAUUUCCCUUUUGUCUUCUUUCAUAGGUUUUUACUCCCACCUCACUCACUUUUGCUACAUAACCCACAUAUCCCUUCUCGUCGCCUCGUCCAUUGCUCAAUUAUUCGGCAUUUUAGCUUUGUUCACCAAGGAGAAAUUGAGCCUUUCGAUGCUAAAAUCUCCUAGAGAUCCUAGAGAGGCAAAGCUUUUGGUGAGAUUGGAAUGUGGGAUUUUAAUGGCCAUGUUCGUUAUGCAGCUGUGCGUGCUGACACUGACUUGUGCUGUGCAUAGUUGUUGGUUGAGAGAAUACGAAGGAUUUGAAGUGGAGAGAGAAGAGACGGCGAAGAAGAGGAGGCAAAAAAUUGCUAGAGUGCAAGAGGAAUCCAUGGCAAAUGCAGCAAAAAUUGCAGAGAUAAAGGGGAAGGAAUUUGAUGCUAAAAUGAAGAACAAGUAUGGUCAAUGGGGGAAAUCUGACUUUGAAGGCUAACAAGGCCUGCUGAUAAAGUUUCUAGCUUGACGUGCUUUUGAUUUUCAUUUCUUAGUCACUAUGGGGUGGCAAUAUUAUUAUUUUGGAUUGCUUCAAAAGAAUAUUUAUUUAUUUUGGAUGUAUUGUGUGAAGGCAGGGACAGUGAGUGUUCUUCCGUCAAAAAAUAUAUGUAUUAUUUUGGAUGUUUAGCAAAA